AGGUAUUCAAAAUUAAGCUUGUCAAAACUGAAGUAGCACAAAAUCAGAUCGAAAUCCUAAAUAAUAAUAAUAAAAAGGACCACCUUUUCAUCUUUCGUAAAUUAUUAUUGUUAUUAGAAAGACUAGAAUCUUCUCAAGAUCUGAAACCAUGGAUACAAGUGUCCAACGCCGUCUAGUGCAUCAGAAUAGUGAAGGACAAGAUGUUGAAUCUGAGGAUUCAGACGAAGAACAGAAAUACCUCCAAGAUCCUGGAGAAUUUGCUUACAACAAAAGAGUGAGCGUACCUGCCAUUCCUGGUAUGUUAAUUGUCUUAGGACUUGUUGGAGAAUUGUUGUUAUGCUUUGUCAGCAUUGGUGCUGUCGUUACUUUUCUGUUGGAUUACCUGGGUGAAAAGAAAAGAUGUGUCAUGGUGUUUGUUUUUACAUUUUUCAUGUGUCAUAUCCUAGCUAUUUAUUCAAUAUUUCCAUUAAUAUGGUUGUCUUGGUUAAAUGUUGCUCUCAUCCUUAUUGCCAACUUCUUUAUAUUAUUGAUUGGUGGCUGGAUUAUAUUACAGUUCUCUGCAUUUCGCUGUGAAGAAUUUGAACUAUGUUUGACUAUUGAAAAGCUGCUAUUUACUGCAUUCCCUGCUUUGUCUGUGGCAUUAUGGAUAUGGGCAACAAUGUCUGUUGUAAAACUAAGCCUACUGCCUUAUCUUACAAUAGCCUUUGGAAGUUAUUUCAUCUUAAAGUUGUCAUAUUGGGGUAAUUUUAACCUUCAAAAGUACAAGUGUAUUCUCCACAUUAAAGUGUCACUCACAUAUCCGAGGUAUAUGGUGCAGUUGCUGUUACAAAUGCAAAUAUUCCAGGUUGAAAUGGUGUUUGUUGUCAGUGCCAGCAUAUUCCUAGCAACCCUUCUCCCAAUCAGGCAGUUCACAGAGCAUUUAGGAAUUUCCUACCAGCAGGUGGUUCGGCUGAGAUGGCUAAGUGGCAUGAUUACAACACUCCUUUGUUAUCAAAUCCUGAAUUACUAUGGGCUUACAUCGCAUUAUCUCCCUUGGCUGCCAGCUGGCAUUGCAGCACAUGUUGCUUUCGGAGUUUUUCUCAGUAGCAUUCGAUUCAAGAAUUUCUCCCUAGCUGGCUUUGCAGGCCUUUCACUGCUUCACAGUUUCUGGAUAUCCAGAGUACCCUGGUCAAUUAAAUUAUUUAUUGCUGACAACAUCCCUAUAAGUAUGCUCUAUGGUACAAUCUGGAUUAAUGCCCUUCUCUGUCUCACCUGUGCCUACCUGGCUUCCCAUGGAGAAAAGAAUUCUUUCAGUUUUUUUGUCAUCUUACAAACUGCAGUUUUUACGUCAUCUGAGAUACUGUUGUUCCAUGCCAAGUUUUAUUCUUCAUCCAUCGUACUGUUUUCAGGAUUGAUUGCACUAUAUUUAUUAUACAGAUUGACAGUAGUAGAGAAAUUACAACCCUAUGUAUCCCUGAUUUGUACAUCUGUCCAUCUAACCAAAGUAACCAGCCUCUUACUUUCAAUGCUUCCUUAUACCAAAAUCAACAGCAUGGCAAAAGUAUUUUAUUUGUUCCUCAUGAUAUUACAAAUGCUGAAAACAUUUGUGAUGGACUCCAAACUAAAGCUGUCUGCUAAACAGGUCACUUUGCAUAUUGUUGGUGUAAGUUUGACAUGUGCCUUAAAUGUAGAACCUCUACUAUCAAUGUUAUGUUAUUAUUUCCUGGACAGUCAACCAUCUUUGUCUGACAUUACAGGUGUAAUACUGAUGAUAACUGGUCUAUCAGUAAUGAUACUACUCUCUAUGUACUCUGAUAUUAAAUCCCCUGUCACCCAUGCAGGCCCUUUGUUGGUAUUUGUUGGUGCCCUUAUUGUUUAUAUUCAACCCAGUUGGUCAGUCAGUUGGCUGUCUGUCUUGCAGUGGGGAAAUAUUAUCAGUGUGCUGUGUAUGGUGCUUCUCUUUUUAUACACCAAGCCACUACCACUUGCUGUCGUUAUGUCAAUAUCAGCUGCCAUCUCUGUAUGUCCAACUUACAGUGUUAUCAUGCAAAAGUUUUACAUCAGAACCAGCUUAAGUGAAGGCUUACAUCUACUCUACAUCCUGAUAUGUAGUUGUGUCCUCUCUUUUAUCACAACUGUCGUCAAAUGGCGAACUGCUGGAAAAUCCUUUGAGAAGAAUAUUUCUUUUCUGUGUAGUUGUAUGGCAGUCUUUGGUACUUUAAUCAUUGGAUUUGAUUACUUUACAAUCACUUCAGAGAACUUGACUUACAGAGCAUGUUGGCAGGUGCUAAGUUUUUCUGGUUGUGUUGUCAGCAUCUCACUUCGUCUCAUUGGAAACAAAGUUAAGCAAGAAAUAUUGGUCAGUGAGACAAAUGAUAAAUCUUAUCCAUUACUUCCCAUUCUUGGAAAUAUAGCUGCCAUUAUUUCUUAUCUUGUUCUUUGCAUGCUGUCACCUGCUACUGGCUUCUUAAGAGAUGUUUGGUAUUGUGGUGUCUCUGUCAUUCUAAUUUGUCUGCAGAAAGACCGUCACAUAUUGCAGCGGUUAAACAACAAGAACCAGACAGUCCCCACUAUUUUCACAGUAGCAUUCAUACUUUGGAUACAGACCUUCCUUCAUUGUGACAUCUGGUUUACUGCUGAGCUUAGCAGCUCUAUCCGAAGUGCAAUGGAACUCAUCAUCAUCUUCAUCACAACGCCUGUUUAUAUUGUCUUGUGGAGCAUCCUCUGGGUCGACGAAAUUCGACUGAAUGAGAAACUGGUCAUCUUUCUUAUGCCCCUUAACUCGCUGCUCUUUCUAGUUGGCAGCACUUACACUGCAUGGGCUUUGGGCGCAUUCGGCAUAUUUUCUGGUGUUUGGAUGAUGUCAUACAAAUUACCACUGGAAGUGGACACUGUGUAUGAAGACUCCUGAAGCAGCAAUAAAAUCUAUCUGUGAUAUGAAGAGGUGAAAGAUUACUUAACCUUAUUUUAUGGAUAAUAGCCAUUGUAAAUGGGAAUGUGUGACAGAGAUAAAAUAUAAAUAUCUAUUUUUGUGAAAAAAAGAACUUUAUGUCACACAUUAAUCCAAUUGAUAUAUUGGAGUUGAUUGAUUCUUUGGAUAACUUUUAAUCCCAGUUACUACAGUAAGGUCCUACAAAGAUUUUUAAAAAAAUGAGAAGAGAGAUGGAAAAGAUAUUUAAAAAGUACAGUUAUUUAUUAUUAUUGUUAACAAUAAAGCAAUACAUAAUAUUACUCGUCAUCACCAUCAUCAUCAUCAUCAUCAUCAUCAUCAUUAUUAGGACAGUAGAUUGGUUGAAUUGUUAGAGGGUUGGACAAAUUACCUUGUGAUAUUUGUUCAAGCUCCUUACAUUCUGUGUUCAAAUAUCACCAAGGUCAACUUUUCCUUUCAUCCUUCCAGAGGUUCAUAAAAUAAAAUUCUAUUCAAAUGUUGGGAUCAAUGUAACUGGCUGCCCUCCUUCUCUCAACAUUGCUUGCUUUGUGCCAAAGUUAUUAUUAUUAUUAUUAUUAUAAAGCAGAGAGCUGGCAGAAUAUUUAACGGUAUUUCACCCAUCGCUACAUUCUGAGUUCAAAUUCCACCGAGGUCAAUCUUGCGUUUCAUCUUUUGGGAUCGAUAAAUUAAGCACUAGUCAAGUACUGGGGUCGAUAUGGUCAACUUACCCUCUCCACAAAAAUUUCAGGCCUUGUGCCUAUAGUAGAAAGGAUUAUUAUAAGCAGAGAGCUGGUAGAAUUGUUAGCACAUCAGGGAAAAUGCUUAGUGGCAUUUCAUCCAUCUUACAUUCUGAGUUCAAAUUCCGUUGAAGUUAACUUUGCCUUUCAUCCUUUCAGGGUCGAUAAACUAAGUAUCAGUUGAACUCUAGGGUUGAUGUAAUCAACCUACUCCUACCCCUGAAUUGCUGGCCUCAUGCCAAAAUUUGAAAUCAUCAUCAUCUUUAUUAUUAUUAUUAUUAUUUGUUCUGGGUCUUGAUAUUCCCUUUAUCUUCCAAUCUACUGGAAGUCAAUAAAAUGAAGUACCAGUGAAAUACUGAGGUUGAUAAUGUCAACUUACUCCCCUAUCUUCAGAAUUGUUGGCCCUGUGCCAAAAUUGAAAUCCAUCAUCAUCAUCAUCACCAUUAUUUCUGUUGUUACAAUUUUUAGAAUUCACAAAUUAGAAAAUUAUCUAAAGGACUUGUGCACUCGGACCACAUGUAGUUAGAGUAUCAAACUUCAUUAAAUCAAAUAAUUUGAGGCUGUUUGUAUAAAGAAUUGUAUGGUACAAACCAGUCAUGUUGUUAUGAUUGAUGAACAUUUUUCAGUUAAUGAAAAAAUCUGUAUAAUAAAAAAUGUCUCCUAUUUCACUCCAAUAAAUUUUCAUUCCAUUAUUUCCUCCAAUAAAAAAAAUCCUAUAAGUUUUU